GAGUCAUAUGUAUCAUACCAAAAUAACAUAUGGUGAAAUGUCAUCUUGUUCUUCGAACACGCACUUUUGAACAGCGUUGACUUUUUCGAACUUCAAAAACACCGAUAAAAACAUCAUCGAACACCUACRUACUGUACGUAGUACCGUACGAAAGCUGCUGUGUGAUCGAGUGAUCGACUUCAAUCGUUWCUCGUAACCAUCACAUCAACACGACGACAACACAGUAAAGGAUAUUGAUCASGAAGGGAGGAACAAUUCCRAAAAAGAUCUCCGGUUCACUACAGAUACAGAGAGAGAAUGGCCGUCCAACAACUGAUGAAGACGUUUCUGCUCGUCUURAGCCUCUCGGGGCUUUGUCAAACAGCGGAUGCACUUGCUUCGACACGAACGAGUCAGAAGAUCUUUGCAGUGGAAGAUCGAAUUACAGAGGAUCGAAGAAUCCAACCAUUUGAAUCCGCAGGAGCAGAAUUUUCCCGGCGGACCGCGCUUCGGAAUUUCGGAGUUGCAUCGGCUGUCCUGUUUGGAUCGUCGGCCGGUUUUACAAAGCCGCUGCCGGCUGUUGCGGCCGACGAUUCAUUAGAUGCCUAUUUGGUAAGAAUGCGCUCAAGGAACAAAARCAUUUCUUCAGCGUUCAAGAACGGGUGACUCACCGGUUUUCCCAAUUUGGUUUUUGUUGUUGUUUGAAGUACAAAAUUGUGCGGGUCCGCGAGGCCACCCARCAGGAGCGCCGAUUGAUCACCACCGGAAAAUUCAAGGACCAGCAGCGCGCGAACGUGAAGCUGGCCGUCAAGUUCAUGGUGCAAAACUACCGGUUGUCCGACUCGGUGGUGGGCGCGUCGGGGUACCUCACCGGUGGCAACGCGCUGCAGAUGAGGGCGAUCGAUGCCGGCCAGGGGGCCGUUCAGAACCUGCAAACGAUCCUGGAGUAUUUCGACUCKAGCGACGUCGAAAACAUCAAGGUGGGCAAAAACUCCAUGGCGGGCAAGGAAGAGAUCGUCGUAAAGGGCCUCGARGCCACACAGGUGAAGCUGGACGAGUUCCUCGGCUUUUUUGACGACGAAACCGUGAACAAGGUCAAGGCGAAGGUCCAGGAAGAGAACGAGCUCAACGUGAAAGAAUUCGACAGGAGCCUGGGGGACAUUAUCAAUCUUGCACCUCCCUCGUAAUCGCGAAAGCCGAUUAGCACGCUCGAGAUGUUUAMCACGGUGUGCUUGAAUCAAGCWGCAGAACCAUCAGCAACUAUUCAGUACUUCGAAACCAUUUGGCACGKUGUUUGGAAAGGAUCACUGCGUGGUACUCGUUUCUUAAAUUGCGAUAAAGACUAUCAAGCCAAAGAUUAGUUGAAUGUAUCCACUAGUWAACACGAGAGAAUUUAAAUAGAUUSAAUCACGUUGU